AUCCCCCCGCGAGCUGGACUGCGCCGAGGCUUCUGUGAACCGCUUGGGGCCGGCCGGGGCGGGGCCUACCCGACCCGGGUUUGGCUGGCGGGCCCCUAGUAAUGCUUUCCUCCCCGCCCCCGGCCCAAAGUGCCACGGUGGCGGUGGUGGCGGCCGCGAGGCCGAGUGUCCCCGGCCCUGCCAGCCUCGCAACCGUAACCUGUAAUCCCGACCCGAGGGACGCCCGCCGGGGAGGCGCUAGCCCGCCUCUCCCUGCGGCCGCUGGUCGGCUCCGACCUCGAAUCACCCGGCUCACCCGCGGAUCGCAGCACCUGCCGGAUGUGGGGAGGAAGAAGGAGGCCAGAUGAGGGAAGGCGGAUGUAGGCGCCCAGUCUGUCCGCGCCUUGGUGGGGCAGCUGGGUGGGCAAGCCUGCGGUCGCUCCCGGAAACCAGCCCUGGGCUGCGGGGACACGAAGGUGGUUGGUCCUGCCCUCCAGGAGCGCCCCGACAUCGACGUAAAAUGACUUGGCACCAGAGCUCCUGCCGCCUCCCCCUUAUGCAGCUGCCCUCGCCGACGCCAGGGACUGUAAAGUCAGAUGGGACAGGGCCUAGCCGUUCAGCCAACACUUUGAGCUUCCCAGCCAAACUCCUACCCCCACUCCCCGCCUCCGGUCCUCACCCCCUUCCUCUCUCCCAGCCUCGGUGUCUGGUUACGGCUCCUCUGCUCGCAUUGUGACUCUGGGCCAGGCUGGGGGAAAUGACCCGGGAGGGUCCCAUGCGGCUACAUAAAAUUGGCAGCCUUAGAACUAGUGGGAAGGCGGGUGCACGAAGUCGAGGGGCGGAGAGAGGGGGGCGGAGGAGCUGCUUUCUGAAUCCAAGUUCGUGGGCUCUCUCAGAAGUCCUCAGGACGGAGCAGAGGUGGCUGGCGGGCCCGGCUGACUGCGCCUCUGCUUUCUUUCCAUAACCUUUUCUUUCGGAGUCGAAUCACGGCUGCUGCGAAGGGUCUAGUUCCGGACACUAGGGUGCCCGAACGCGCUGAUGCCCCGAGUGCUCGCAGGGCUUCCCGCUAACCAUGCCGCCGCCGCCGCCCGCAGCUGCCUUGGCGCUGCCUGUGCUCCUGCUACUGCUGGUGGUGCUGACGCCGCCCCCGACCGGCGCAAGGCCAUCCCCAGGCCCAGAUUACCUGCGGCGCGGCUGGCUGCGGCUGCUAGCGGAGGGCGAGGGCUGCGCUCCCUGCCGGCCAGAAGAGUGCGCCGCGCCGCGGGGCUGCCUGGCGGGCUGGGUGCGCGACGCGUGCGGCUGCUGCUGGGAAUGUGCCAACCUCGAGGGCCAGCUCUGCGACCUGGACCCCAGUGCUCACUUCUACGGGCACUGCGGCGAGCAGCUUGAGUGCCGGCUGGACACAGGCGACGACCUGAGCCGCGGAGAGGUGCCGGAACCUCUGUGUGCCUGUCGUUCGCAGAGUCCGCUCUGCGGGUCCGACGGUCACACCUACUCCCAGAUCUGCCGCCUGCAGGAGGCGGCCCGCGCUCGGCCCGAUGCCAACCUCACUGUGGCACACCCGGGGCCCUGCGAAUCGGGGCCCCAGAUCGUGUCACAUCCAUAUGACACUUGGAAUGUGACAGGGCAGGAUGUGAUCUUUGGCUGUGAGGUGUUUGCCUACCCCAUGGCCUCCAUCGAGUGGAGGAAGGAUGGCUUGGACAUCCAGCUGCCAGGGGAUGACCCCCACAUCUCUGUGCAGUUUAGGGGUGGACCCCAGAGGUUUGAGGUGACUGGCUGGCUGCAGAUCCAGGCUGUGCGUCCCAGUGAUGAGGGCACUUACCGCUGCCUUGCCCGCAAUGCCCUGGGUCAAGUGGAGGCCCCUGCUAGCUUGACAGUGCUCACACCUGACCAGCUGAACGCUACAGGCAUCCCCCAGCUGCGAUCACUAAACCUGGUUCCUGAGGAGGAGGCUGAGAGUGAAGAGAAUGACGAUUACUACUAGGUCCAGAGCUCUGGCCCAUGGGGGUUGCUCACACCCGAGAUGUGAGGUUCCAGGAGCGCCGACCCAGAGUUGCCAGGCCUGAAGGCGGGAGAGGCUCAGUCGCACCCUACAUUUCCCACCUCCAAGAUUUUAAGUAUAGUUCGCUUGAAAUCCCUGGAAUGCGCUUUCUUCUGGCUCCUACCCGGAGAUCCGGAGUCCGGACAAACCGGGGCAGGAAGGGUCCGUCGGACCAGCGCCUCCCAAGCCGAGGCUUCCAGGUCUCGGCCGGGCUCUUCUCCCUGCUUUUAGCUGAGCCGGGCUGGACGUGCCUCUCUCCUCCAUCUAGAGCAGGGUGUGAAGAGGAAGCCAGAGGGGGCUGUCUGAAAAUGACCCUGACCCCCUCCUCGGGCUGUCGUGAGGAGGAGGGCCGCUUCGCCCGGCUGCUCGUCAUCGCGAAGGCUCCAAAGAAGGGUUGCGCAGCCGUGCUGGUAUAACCGAGGGUGUCCUGGCGAAGCCCAGCCCCUGGCGCCCUGGUGACCGGGGGGGUCGAUGUGCGGACUGGGCAGAACUGGAGCCCGAAGCUGGAGAGCGCCCCUCAAAAAGAAGCCUGGAAGCCCGAGAGAUGAACCCGACUCAGAGAGGGCCAAGACUGCAGACCUUGGGGACCGAGGACACCCUCACCACGCUGGUGGGGGCUGGGGGGAUGGCGCGGGCGGUGGCGUGCGGGGAAGCGCCUGGGGAACACCUGGCUCUGCAAGUUUUGUGCCUUAGCGGAAAGAGGCGACAUCUCUGGCAAGUUGGGAGUACAGGAAGUAGCGAAGGAGUGCCAUCUGGUGGAUCCUUCUGGUAGUGACACUCAGACCUGGGCCAGGGGCCUUGAGACAAUUUACUUGACUGGAAAAAUCUGAAUAAAAAAAAGAUGCUUCAA